AUGAAUUACACAAACUCAGAGAUUAGUGUAAAAAUUAAUGACUACAAUAUAAAAAUGCAAGUUGACACCGGAAGUCAAGUCACAAUUAUUCCAAAAAAUUUUUGGGAACUAAUGUCUAAACCGAAAUUACAAAAAUGCUACCUUCGCCUGAAACAGUUUGAUGGCACAGUUAUAAAAGUCCUAGGCGAAUUUGAGGCAACUUUGGAAACCGAAUCAAAAAUGAAUAUCGUACGAAUUAUUGUUGCAGACUGUACAAAAAAUCAUGGUCUAAUUGGUAUGGAUGUAUUAAAUAUCAACGCCACAAAAUUAGUAAAUAGUAUAGAACCUCUUGUUCAUGGGCGUUUAAUUAAUUACAAAGCAAAUAUUUUGUUAAAAAACGGCGUACAACCAACUUAUUUUGAAGCUUGA